AUGAUUAUCAAUGUGUGGCUCUCACUGUGGUGUUUUGGCUUCGUCAGCCACAUUUCUAACGGAUUACAUUUAACCGGGACGUGGAAUAGUAAAGAUUUCUUCAUUUUUCUUACCAAAUUUGGUUUUCAGAAAACGGAUCCAAAACAGCAAGAAAACACACAGGGGUAUAUCUACGGGAAUAUAACCAAAUCAAACAACGUAAACACGACAAAAGAUCUAACGCUUGUUGUGGUUGAUAGUGAGUAUUUCUUAGAAUAUUAUGGAAACAGUACAAUACGGUCUAAACAGACUUGCCCAGCAAUGUUUGUGAAAGUUGACCAGAUAGCUUUCGAUUAUAUCUGCAAGCCUAAAGGAUUGGAGGAUUUUCUGAGGAAGAUCCCUUGUCCUAAGGAUAAACUGUGCAUAGACGAGGAUAAUCCCAAGAAUGUGGUUCCUGGAUACCAGUUUACUUACAAAGUCAGGGAUGUGCAGAGACCAAGAUUUUGGUAUUUGAGUUUUGUGUCGUGUUUUCGGGACACAUCAGGACGUAAAUGUGAGUGGCAGUCUAGCGAAGACUCAGGGAUUAUCAUCAACUAUGAUAUUUGGCUAGUCAACGGAAACCCCUCAGUCAGGGGCCAGAAUCCUUUUGAACACCAGUUCUCAUUUGAAUUCCACGAUGUAUUUGAGAUUCAUGUCAUUGCACUGAUUCUGUGUAUUGCUAUUUUCUUGUUGUGGCUGUAUGCCUUCAGCAAACAGCGCCACAUGGUCACCAGACUCUUCACCGCUUGCUUGUGCGGAGAAAUGCUCAGCAUCACGCUCAACCUGAUCCACGUCAGCAUCUUUGCCUACAACGGGGUCGGAGCUGAGUGGCUGGGGAAAGUGGGGACUCUGCUGGACUUGGCAACACAGUGUGUCUUUAUGCUGCUGUUGCUGCUGCUUGCCAAGGGGUUGGGGAUCACAACCGACCAGUUCAAGUGGAAGUCUGUGAUUUUCUCUCUGUGGGCUGCGUAUACACUCCUGAACAUCUUCCUGUAUGUGUGGAAUUUGGUCGAGAUUGACAACAUCAUCUCCAACACGGACGAGUGGCAGUCUUGGCCAGGUUAUGCAACAUUGGCAUUUAGAAUUGUUGUUAUGUUCUGGUUCUUGUAUGAGCUAAGGAAGACAUUUGGACAUACAGAUCGGGAGGAUAUGACAUUUGUCAUGCAUUUCGGAGCAUUCUUUCUUGUCUGGUUCUGCUACCUACCUGCACUGGCUUUGAUCACGACACAGGUGUCGCCAUUGUGGAGGUACAAGACUAUAAUCAGUAUUAACUAUGCGGUGGACAUCCUAGCCUAUGCUGUACUGGUGCACCUGUUCUGGCCAGCCCGCUCUAUUUUGUUCCUUGUAGAAGGAGAGAGGCCUUUACAGACCUACGACUUGGAAAUUACUGGUUUGCUGGAUGACAUGCAAGAAAUGGCCAUCUUCAAUCGUGCAGAGGCCCUGGCAGAAAUAUCCUCUCAGAAGAAUCAAAACAAAGAUGACAUAUCAAAUCAGCCAUCCACCUCCACAGACGUGUCAAAGGUUAAAGGUCGAAAAUCUCGUAAUGGAACAACUAAUGGCCGUGUCUUGUCCAACGGACAUCUGCAAUUCCAAGACAACAGUGCAUAUGAGAUGGAGAAGGAGUCACCGAAGGACACAUGA